AUGGAUGAACCCAUAUUGCUGCCUCGUAUGAAGGCACUGACACGGCAAGCUUCAGACAAUCCCAAGGACGUUUUCCAAUGCGACGUUGCCGACUGUAAUCAAAAGUUUGUGCGCCUCGACCUGCUUCUGCGACACAAAAACCGACAUCGCUCAUCACCUUCCUACACCCCACGCAACAAGAUACCUUGCUUUGAUGCUUCGAUGACGGGUGCGAAAACCGGCACAGAUUCAACGUCGGUUUCGUCCAGACCUCGGCCAAGUCGGAGAAAUGAUAACCCAAAUGACCACUACAAUCGACCACUGCCCUCCUCUGGCGGCCCUCACGAUGCCACCGGCUUGCCGACUCUGACGCCCGACAUCAACGCGGCGACGACCACCGAAACGAGUGGCAGCACGACGUGGACUUCGCCCCUCGACGACCAGCCGGCCUCCAAUGCCUACCUUCACAGACAGGGAACAUAUGGUGGCAAUGCGGCGGCGUUGUCAGAGCCCUCGGCCAUGGUGGACUUGGCCAACCUGACGCAUCCUGCCGCCAUCCAGCGGGGCCGGAGCAGCUUUGCCGCCUGGCUGUUCGACCCUCAAACGACGUGCAACAAUGUGCGCAUGGCCCCUUUACGUUUCCUCGACACCAUGUUGGAAUCGAACUUGAAGAACAAGACUCACUGCGACGGUGAAUCGCUCUCCAGACUUCCGCCAUUGGACGUAGCAGUCUGUCAGUCGGAUGCCUUUGGGGAGUGCGUCACGGAAUCUCGACGCCAGGAAUUACUGCAUUGGUUUCAAAGAUUUCGAAAGAAGCAACCGCAGUACGAUAUCCUCAUGCCAAAUCUCGUACGGGAAAGCGGAGGCUACCCCUCAGCCCUCAGCCUCGACAUGGUACGGGACUGCCUUUGUGAGUUUUGGGACAACGUCUCGCCUCGCCUCCCCGUCGUCCACCAACACACCUUUUCGCCAAACCGAUGCCCGAUACUCCUCCUUCUCGUCAUCGUCUCCCUCGGUGCAGCCUCUCAACGUAGCCGAGAUGCCACGGGCCGGUUGUCGGAGCACGGCGCCUUUGCCGACGUCAUCAUUGCCAGCGUGCGAUGGGAAAUUGCCACAUCGGACGACUCGGUGCCCCCUAUCGGCCUUUGGGUGGCCCAGGCCCUCCUGUUCUUGGAGUUUUACGAAAAGAUGUACUCGUCGAGAAAAUUCCACGAAAGGGGGCAUAUAUACCAUUCUUCCUUCUUGGCCUUGCUCCGUCGAGGAAGCCCCAUGAUAGGUACAGCUGGUAGUGAAUCUCCCCUGGUUCGAAGCACUUGCGCCGACGACAUCCCCUUGGAUGUCGGUACCUGGUGGGCCAGAUGGGCGGAUGCGGAGUCGAUGCGCCGCGUCGUCUUCGUCGCCUUCAUGCUUGACAUCCUUCACGCCGCCACCUUCGGACACGCUGCCGACAUGGCCGUUCAUGAGAUUCGCCUCCCCCUGCCCUGUGAUGACAAUCUCUGGACGGCCAAUAACGCCGACCUUGUGCGACAGCUCGACGGCAACUUCCGCACGUGCCGUCCCCGACAGGUCUCCUUCCUCGACGAGCUCAAGAGCGUCUUGCACGGCAAAGAAGUCAAGACGCACCCCUUCGGCUGCAUGAUCAUCCUAUCCGGUCUGUUGAGCGUCGGCUGGCAUCUGGGUCACAAAAUGGCCCAUCUCAAAUGGCUAGAUCUCCAAACGCCCGAGGCCGAGCCACUCGGCAGCUGGAGGAUAAUGCUUCUCAAAGCACUCGACAGUUGCGAGACGACCUUUGACGUUACCGUGUCGCAUACCGUCACGGGCCCGGAUGCCGCGCGUCAGCGGCCCCUGUCUAAUGGUCCAAUACUCAGCGCUUCCCUCCUCCUCCAUCUCGCUCACGUCAGCCUUUACGCCGACAUCGUAGACUGCCAAAUCUACGCUGGCGCGAAACGCCUUCUCGGACGCAAGGUGUCUUCUAUAGACUAUGCCGAUGCGGUGAAGCGUAUGAGUUCGUGGGCGAAGCGGGCCUCGACUCGACAUGCGAUUCUUCACGCCUUCCGACUGCUCCACAGCGUCCUCGUGAGCCCUUGCCCGAGCAUAUGCAGCAGCCCCAACAGUACGUCGAUGUACUCGCUUCGCAACGAGACGGACCCCCACAGGCCCUGGAUCCUUUACUACGCCGUCCUGUCUAUCUGGGCCUUUGUCCAGGCCGUGGGCCGCCCCCCCGGCAAGGGGUUUCCCUUACACCCGUCACAGAUGGCCAAUAGCACCUACGCUAGAAUGGCCGCGUAUCUAUCCAGCGUCGCCGUGCUUAGCGAGCUGGAUGAGGAAACGGCCGGCCUACUCCACGAGGGCCUUCCAGAGCUGCUGGAUGUCGUCGAGGGGAUUUUGGAAGAAGCAAACACCGAGCUACUGACCGAAGCACACCAACGGCUGGCAGUCUGUAGGGACCUUCUCCUCGGGGGCGGGGCAGGGUACUAG